AUGCAGCUCCUGAAAGCUGUGUGGGCUUUGGCCGGAGCCGCUGUCUGCUGUGUCCUUAUAUUUGUUAUCCAUUCGCACUUCCUGAAAGAAGGUCAACUUGCUGCAGGUACUUGUGAGAUAGUCACCCUGGACAAAGAUAGCAGUCAACCGCGAAGGACUAUAGCCAGACAAACUGCUAGGUGUGCAUGUAAAAAGGGGCAGAUUGCUGGCACAACGAGAGCAAAACCAGCCUGUGUGGAUGCACGAAUUGUAAAGACUAGACAAUGGUGUGAAAUGCUUCCGUGUUUGGAAGGAGAAGGCUGCAAUUUGUUAAUGAAUAAAUCAGGCUGGACCUGCACACAGCCAGGUGGGCGAAUAAAGACAACUACGUUGGGCAAAUUACACCUGAAGUGA